AUGGGUUGGUGGAACAAGUUUUCCGAGCUGCAAGAUUUUCACAAAGAGAAUGGUCACUGCAACGUCCCCAAAAGCCAGGGAAAGUUGGGGGCCUGGGUUUCCACACAAAAAAGGUUUUACAACAGUGGGAGACUAAGCGAUGAGCGAAUUCAAACAUUGGAAGGACUAGGCUUCCUAUGGAACGCGCAUGGCAACAAAUCGUCCUCCACAAGUCGUAGAAGAUACACCCGAUUCGCGCGAACCAACAUCAAUGCUGGAAGCAAGAGAAGAUUUGACGCCGAUGUGGAUGAUGAGGCGUCUGACUCUGAUUUCGGGGAAGAAGAUUCGAACAAGGAAGCAUUGGCUGUUGGUAAUGGCAUUUGUUGCAAGGAGGAAUCCUCUGAUGAUGAUACAGUCAACUGUCCUCCCAAGAAGAAGCCCAAGAAUGAUGUGGAGGAUCAACCACAGGAAAGGGUAUCUUCAUGUGCUAGCAAUGCAGGUGCUCGUGUCGCCAAGAGGAAGGCAAGUACUCGUUUCACCGAAAGAAGGAAAAAGGUUGUCGAAUGGGCAGAGAAAGCAAUGAGCGACAGCGAAGAGGAAGAAGCCAGGGCAGCAGAGACCGAGGACUCGAGUAGCGAAGAGGAGAGUGACAGUGAUGACUCUGAGGGUGAGGUUGAGGAGGAGGAAGACUCGGAUGACGAAGCAAGUAGUGUUGGAGUACUGGCUUCAAGAACUCCCAACAACAAUGAUCAACUACGGAAGCUCCACAAGUUGGUGGCUGCCCAGCAGACAAUGAUUCAACAUCACUUGGAGCAGCAACAGCACCAGAAAACAACCAUUCGCAGUCAAAGGAGAACUAUCAAGAGGCUGAAGAAGAAAAUCAAAAAGAACCAGCAGAAGAACAGGGCCCAUGACCUCCCAAAGCAAGUGUCCGCCUUGAGACAACAGGUUGAUGGGAUCCAGCGUAGGCUUGCGAGACACCAGAGCAAAUAG